AUGUCCGACUCUCUGUCUGACGCGGACAAGAUCCGGAACAAACGCCUUGCUAAGCUUUCAAACCCAGUACCUGCACCUGGUGAAGGCUCAUCUGCCUCACCACCAAAUUCCGCCAACGCUUCCCCCGCACGGUCGCCAGUCUCAUCCAGGCCUGCCUCACCGUCCACCGCACAGACACCCCAGCGCUUCGAGGGAAAGCGGAUCAAGAUCACCCCCACUACCCCUGGUCUGGAACGACCACGCUCGACCGCACCGUCUACUCCGGGAACCCCACCACCGGGGAAAGUCGAAACAAUUGAGACAUUUGAAGACCGGAUCUUAAGUGCUGUGUUCAAAAUUACCUUGGAUGAGGGCCAAAGAGAUCUCCAUGGCCCAAGGGUUUAUCUCCCGGGACUGCGCAGCGAGUUGGAGGGUGAUGGGAAAGAGCUGCGCAUCCGCGCGUCGUACUUGGACCAAGCGCUCCUGGAAGCCGGUUCCAAGGCAGAGAAAGGGCGUCCGUUAGAGUACCUACUGCCAUGUUGGAAGCGUAUUACGAAGUUAUAUAAGGGAUUCCGACGGUCUAGUGACGAUGAUCCCAAAUUCCAGGUGCUCUGUGAGGCACGUCGACUUUGCAUGAGCUAUUGUAUUUUUGGCAUUACCAUGCCGGAGAUGUUUGGGCUUGAUUCCCCGGAGUGCUCUCCAUUAGCACCAUACCUACUGACAGACCCGGAGGAUGAAAAGGGUAUUGAUUUUGAAUUCAUUAGCGAAGCGGUUAAGCGUUUUGAGGAAGACGAGAGCGUCAAGCCCGCCUUCAUUGCUGCUGUGGAGGAGCUCAGCGCUGGCUUGUCCAAAAUGGACAUUAACGACGACUACAAGCCCUAUUCUAUGGCCCUGCGAAACCUCGUUCGCCAUCCCACCGUCGCAGCGGCAAUCACAGAAUCAGACACCUUUAACGAUUCGAAGGACGCAGCGCAGUUUGAGAAGGUCACUCUCCUAGGGCCAUGGUUCAGUCUUUCACCCCUGCAACCGAAAGUUACAUUGUCAUAUUUCUCGAGCCCCAAAACUCGCGAUCAAGCAUACAUCUUGAACGCUCAGCGAUCUCUUCGCAUGACACAGCAAUUGGUUAGCUCCGACUUGUUGGAUGUCAUCAACCACAUGAUUCGUGCCUCGAAAGAGGCUAGAGAUCGAGUUCUUGACUGGUUUGCCACUGCUCUAAACAUCAACCAUAAACGUCGGGCAAUGCAGGUUGAUCCUGAGAAGGUCUCGUCGGACGGAUUCAUGUUCAAUAUCACAACAUGUCUGGAUCAGCUCUGUGAGCCAUUCAUGGACGCUUCCUUUAGCAAGAUCGAUCGCAUUGACGCGGAGUAUCUUCACCGGGGUUCCCGAGUUGACAUGAGAGACGAGACAAAGAUAAAUGCGGACCAGCACGUUUCAGAUGCCUUCUAUUCCAAGAAAGCCGAGGGAACAUCAAACUUCAUCACUGAGAUCUUUUUCUUAACAGUGGCCGCGCACCACUACGGCAGUGAGUCGUUGACUUCCAAGCUUGAACAACUCGAUAAGGAUUUACGUCACAUGGAGUCUACUAUUACAAAGUUUGAACUUGAGCGACAUCGGUGGUCUGGAAACCCCAUGCAGCUACGAGUAUUCGAGCAGGCGCUGAAAAAGUACAAGGACAAGCUUGAUCUUGGACUGGCUUUGAAGUAUAGUCUACAAGGCGUGCUAUUUGAUGAUCAAUGGCAAGCACGCUCUAUGCUGUUCAUGCGCUAUGUCACAGUUUGGCUUUUGAGGCUCGUUUCGGGUGUGAACUUCCCCAAAGAGAAACUUACCUUGCCUUUGCCCCAGACACAGCCCGAGAUAUUCCAAUGCUUGCCCGAGUACUUCCUUGAUGGUAUCGUGAGUAACUUCAAAUUUAUCAUGUGGGGUUUGCCACAGAUCAUUACUGCUACCCAGGGAGAUGAACUAGUCAUGCUGGCAAUUACAUUCCUGGAGAGCUCCAGCUACAUUAAAAACCCAUACCUCAAGGCUGGCCUCGUUUCCAUCUUGUUCCGUGGUACAUGGGACCGCCCUGGUGGUGCCCGUGGUGUUCUGGUGGACCUUCUCAACUCCAUGAAUUUUGCGAACGAGUAUCUUCUUCAUGCAGUUAUGAAAUUCUACAUCGAGGCAGAACACACUGGGACGCACACCCAAUUCUUCGAUAAGUUCAAUAUUCGCUUUGAAAUUUUCCAGAUCAUCAAAUGCAUCUGGCCCAACACCCUGUACCGGGAGAAGUUGUCCAUUCAGGCCAGCCAAAAUCUGGAAUUCUUUGUUCAGUUCGUGAACCUACUUCUUAACGAUGUGACCUACGUGCUUGACGAGUCUUUCGGUGCCUUUAAGACCAUCAAUACCACCCAACAGGAGUUGGCUCGAGAAGCCAACACAAUGGAAGAGACCACACGACAGGAGCGAGAAGAGCAUCUCGCGACUGCCCAACGCAGUGCUAAAUCAUACAUGCAAUUGACCAACGUGACAGUCUCCAUGCUCAAGCUCUUUACCGAUGCCCUGGCCGAUUCAUUCACCAUGCCGGAGAUUGUUCAGCGUCUGGCUGACAUGUUGGACUACAACCUCGAUGCUAUGGUGGGACCAAAGAGUUCCAAUCUGCGUGUUGACAACCUUCAGGAAUAUGGAUUUAACCCUCGUGCUCUCCUGAGUGAGAUCAUCGACGUCUAUCUGAACUUGAUGCCCAAACAGAAUUUCAUCACUGCGGUUGCUCGCGAUGGCCGGUCCUACAAGCCAGAGAACUUUGAUAAGGCGGCAGACAUUCUACGCAAGUGGUCUUUGAAAUCCCCAGAAGAGCUUCGUCGCUGGAGCCAGCUGCAGAAGAGAGUUGUGGAGGCCAAGGCGCUUGAUGAUCAAGCAGAGGAAGACCUGGGCGAGAUCCCCGACGAGUUCUUGGAUCCCCUUAUGUAUACUUUGAUGGAAGACCCUGUCAUUCUUCCCAGCUCCCGGAUGUCGAUCGACCGUGCUACUAUCCGAUCGCACCUACUCAGUGACCCUAACGACCCAUUCAAUCGUGUCCCCUUGACCAUAGAGGACGUGAUACCCGACACCGAACUUAAGGCCAAGAUUGAAGCGUUCAAAGCUGAAAAAACUGGACGCAAGGCACCUUCGCAGCCGAUGGAUACAUCCGAUUAG